GGUAUGAGGAUUGGACGACAUGACAUGUGGUCAGCAGGUGGCACCAUGCCCGGCAGUCACUGGAUACGAGCUGCUGCUGUUGGAGCAUAGUCCACAUUUCUGGAAGGGCAGCCAUGACUUUGGAGAGUGCCGCGGCUCCCAGGCAUACUGGGGCCUCUCUGAAACCAAGACGCCAGGACAGAGGGGAGCAGUUCCCACCCGCCUCUCCUUUCAUGAGAGGCGGGCCUACUCCAAAGUGAGGCGAGGACUCAACACAGUAACACGGGAGAUAGUGUCGUGGAACAGUGAGCAGACCUGCCCCAGCACAGGCCGAGCAGAUGGGCUGCUCCACAGGGCGGCCGUGGAUGCCAAGAAUCAACCGUGGACUCGAAGAGCAUGUGGGGUCCACGGUGUGGCUCCCGCAGAAAUAGCCCAAGCUGCUGCCGAAUGGCCAGGAGUCACGCUCGGCCCGUCUGAGAGUCGCUCCCGGCCCGAGUUCGGCAGUGCUUCGGCCAAGGGCUCCCACGUGCUCCGGCAGGACGGGACCUUGGCUGAGCCUGCUCUUCCCUCCACUGCUGCUGAGCUCCUCCUUUCUCUUCUCUUCCUCAUCUUCCUCACACACCCCCCUCCACAUACUCCCUCAGUUAUUUGGGGAUUUGAGGAUCAAGGGUCCCUCCUCUUGAGUCAUCCUGGUGACAGAGCUCAGGGCUCCACUCUCAAAAGGCAGAAGGGGCUUAAAACGAGACUGACUCUGGGAGCAAGUGAAGGAGGAGUGGGCCUGCCACGUCACCUGAGGCUGUCCACAGGAUAAACACAGGUUUCGCAUGGAGCCCCACCCAGGCCUGGCCAAAAAUGCUGCCCCAGCAGAAGUCUUGCUCAAUGAAAUGACUCAGCUCCAGUGCUCAGAUGCAGUUUCUGUGUUUUAUAAACUGAAGGUGUUUUCAUAAUAACGGGGGUGGGGGGAGGAUGGGCCAGCAUCAGUCUGAAAAAAACAGAGCCAUCACCUGCUAGAAAACUCUGGGUCUGAGCCCCCGCCCACAGGCAGGGCCACUGAGCCUGUAAGUUCCAGGUGGGUCGUCCUUCACUCCCAGCCGUCGCCAGCUCCUUGCUUCAGCUGACAAAUAGCACAGCCCCCCAAAGUGACACACAGAUCACCCAGGCCACUUCCUUCCCUUGGAGGGAGGUAAGUGACAGAGGCAGCCUUGGGGGCCCCGGUUCUGCUCUCCCCAGAUCCUCCCAGCCUGCUGUGGGACUACAAACCUUCCAUGACCCAGGGUCCUGGGACCAAGGACCUGGGGGCCCAGCGCUGAGCCAGGGAGCAGGGCGGGGAGGAGCCACCACGCAGGCAGCGAUGAUGUCCUCCCU